AUGAGACUCCUAAGAGUUCUUGUGGCCUUCCUGGUUAGCACAUGCACAGAUGCAGACGCUCCCGACGAUGAGUAUCAGAAGUGGGCCGCGACCACUUUUGAUGAAAGCGACAAGGCGGCCAUCCAGCGAGGAAAAGCGCUUAGUUGUGUCCUGUGCAACCUUCUGACCAAGACCGUCCUGGAGACGCACCAGCUGAACAAGAAGAAGCCGCUCCACGAGAGGUUUGACCAGGAUCAAACGCAGGAAGUCCUGCUGGACUUAUGUUCCGAGCUCGCGGCUCCGAUCUCGAGGCAGAUGGAUGUCAUCCGGGAGGACGUGCUUAUGGUGUGCAACCGCGUCGUCAAAGAGAACAUUGGCGACAUGAUGGAUGCUGUUUCGCUGGGCGAGGAAGUCCGCGACUUUUGCACCGAGCAGAAACUGUGCGACUUGACCUUCGCAGGCAUGGAGAAGAUGCAGCAGCUGAUGAUGGAGCUUGGCAUGAAGAAGGCGGGCUGCGCGCCGGUCAUGUCUCUUGCGGAUCGCAGUGAAAAGCGGCUUCUGCCCUGGUCAGGACAAAGAAGAUCUCUGAGAUUCGCAGAAUCAGAACCGUCAGAACCGCUGUCUUGGCUAAGCCAGAACACGAACACAUCUGAUUCUUCGUGA